CGUGAAAGAUGAAACACAGGGCAGAACGCAACCAUGUCUGUGUCAGAUCUACAUACAUUGUCUUGACUGGGAGAACUGCACAAUGGCAACUAAGGCAGUGAAGGCGUCGGUGGAGGGAAGGUCCGCCCCUGGCGUCCUGGCAGAUGCCCGGUGAACGCCUCGUCCAUGCCCGGUGAACAUUGCCCACCCCCUCGCCUGCGGAGCCCAGGCUGUUUAGAUCCAUUUUCAACGGGGGCCCUAGUACAUUUGAAGGGGGACACAGAUUGGAAACAAUUCUUCAUACAUCAUCUUAUAAGGUUCAUGUCUUUUAGAUUAAGCUGUUCAGCUAACAGCGUCAUGAGCAGAAGCAAGCGUGAAAAUAACUUCUACAGCGUAGAGAUUGGGGAUUCUACAUUCACUGUACUGAAACGAUACCAGAACUUAAAACCCAUUGGUUCAGGAGCACAGGGCAUAGUAUGUGCAGCCUACGACUCUAUCCUUGAAAGAAACGUUGCAAUCAAGAAGCUAAGUCGGCCAUUUCAGAAUCAAACUCAUGCAAAAAGAGCCUACAGAGAGCUUGUUCUCAUGAAGUGUGUAAACCACAAAAAUAUCAUUGGCCUUUUGAAUGUCUUUACCCCACAGAAAUCACUGGAAGAAUUUCAAGAUGUUUACAUAGUGAUGGAACUCAUGGAUGCAAAUCUCUGCCAGGUGAUUCAGAUGGAGCUUGACCAUGAACGAAUGUCCUAUCUUCUCUAUCAGAUGCUGUGUGGCAUUAAACAUCUCCAUUCAGCUGGGAUUAUUCAUAGGGAUUUGAAACCUAGUAAUAUAGUAGUAAAAUCUGACUGCACUUUGAAGAUUCUUGACUUCGGGCUGGCCAGAACAGCAGGAACCAGCUUUAUGAUGACACCUUAUGUAGUGACUCGUUACUACAGAGCACCAGAAGUUAUCCUAGGAAUGGGAUACAAAGAAAAUGUUGACAUUUGGUCAGUGGGGUGCAUCAUGGGAGAAAUGAUCAAAGGUGGUGUAUUAUUUCCUGGUACAGACCAUAUUGAUCAGUGGAAUAAAGUUAUUGAACAGUUAGGGACACCAUGUCCUGAAUUCAUGAAGAAACUACAACCAACAGUGAGAACAUAUGUGGAAAACAGGCCUAAAUAUGCUGGCUAUAGUUUUGAGAAGCUUUUCCCAGAUGUCCUUUUUCCAGUUGACUCUGAGCACAAUAAACUCAAAGCCAGUCAGGCAAGAGAUUUGUUAUCCAAAAUGCUGGUGAUAGAUGCAUCAAAAAGAAUCUCAGUAGAUGAAGCUUUGCAGCACCCAUACAUCAAUGUCUGGUAUGACCCUUCGGAAGCAGAAGCACCUCCUCCAAAGAUACCAGACAAACAACUAGAUGAAAGGGAGCACACGAUAGAAGAAUGGAAAGAGCUGAUUUACAAGGAAGUUAUGGACCUGGAGGAAAGAACCAAGAACGGAGUUAUACGUGGACAGCCGCCUCCUUUAGGUGCAGCAGUGAUCAGUAGCUCUCGGCAUCCAUCUUCAUCGUCAUCUGUCAAUGAUGUGUCGUCAAUGUCCACUGACCCAACACUGGCCUCUGAUACAGACAGCAGUCUGGAAACAUCAGCAGGUCCCUUAGGGUGCUGUAGAUGACUACUUGAUGUAAGGGCUGGGGGGAGGGGUCUUUUAGUUGCAGAAAUCAGGGGUAUUAUUUGGGGGCAACUUCAGAGGUAAAGUGGGUUUGAUUUGAGAGUGCUAAUUUUGAAUUGUUAAGUUGUUUUAAUAGCAAGCCACAGUGCUUCCCUGUAAUUAAAUGUACAGUGUUAAACUUAAUUUUUAUCACGGAUUUGAAAAGCUACAUGUUUUAUUACUGUGAUGCUCACUUUGUUUUUUUUAAAUUGCCUAUGUAAUAUAUGUGUUAUUAAAUGUCUUCCAUUUGCUACA